GCCGUCUCUCAGUCUCGAUUUCAACUUAAAAGACAACAAAACAUCCCUAUUUAGCUUAGAACAUCGUAGCAAAGGUUCAAGCAUCUUUCUUUAAUACCAACAAUUUGAGUCGAAACUCCAGGACACAACACAAGAAAUUCGCAUGGACGAGGCUGAAUUCAGGCAGCUACUCGAGCUUUUCCCCGUCGUCCGAUCCCGAGAUUAUAUCGCAGAUUCGGAUUCUUCAAGUCAAGUAACUCGGUCUGAACCAAAUAGAGAGGUAAAGGAAUGGCAAGAUGCAUGGAAUGACGAGGACAAAAGAGGUUCAGAUACCUUUAGAGACAACGUUCAUGAAGCAUUUUGGGGAAAACUGAAGUCAGCUGCUGAGAAGAAGGUGGGUGCGGCUGAUGCAGAAAAGUUCUGCAAGAUAUUUGAACAAGUUUAUAAGAAACUCAUUUGGACGGUUUCUGUGAGGUUUUGCACUUUAGUUCAACAGUUUGUACCUCGAGUAAGGAGUAAGGACCCUGAUUCUGGUCAAGAAAAGGAAAGAAAUGAAAAGACGAAACAGGAAAUGGAAGAAAGUUUUGGUAACAACUGA